AUGUCUCUUCUUAGUGCAAAAUUUGCACUUCGUCUUGCUGGAACUCGCCUUACGCGUCCCUUAGCAGGUCCAGUAUUCUCGCGUACGACGGCGAUAUCCUUGCGUACUUUUUUGACUACUGCCUCUGUUCAUCUGCCAACGACUAAAGCCAAGCCUAAGGUCAAGGCCAAAGAUGUAGACAAGCCGAAGGCUAAAGGCACAAGCGCGAAGAAGGUCCCUGCGGUGAAGAAAAAGAUUACCCCAACAGAGCGCGUCAAGAAAGUUAAUGUAAAACCGAAGUUCGACCGAAAAUUGAUGGUUGUACCCAAGAGACACGGUACGACGGCAUACGCUGUGUUCACGAAAGAGUACAUGGCCAAUGGCCUGCAAAACAAGAUCCCCGUGAGGGACCUCAUUAAGACUGCUUCGAAGGAAUGGAAUGCUUUGUCCGAUGCUCAGAAGCAGCCCUACUCCGUACCCAUCCAAGCAAACAAGGAGGCCUUCGAGAAACGAUACGAUCAGUGGUUCCGCUCACUUCCCCCUGGAUAUGUUCGUCAGAUCAACAUUCAGAGGAAGGAGAGGGGCAAACACCUGAUACGAAGACCAAAAAGUAUGAAAACGCCCCCCCACAAUGGUUUUAUCUACUUCUACAGCGAAUACCGUCAAACCACUCCUUCGGACGACGUGAGUUUGCCACAACUAUCUAAGAACGCAGGAGCAGCUUGGCGAGCUUUGCCCGUGGAAGAAAAGGAGAAAUACAACCAUCGCGCUCGUGUGAUAAGGGAGGACUUUUUCAAGACUCACCCCUCAACGUAG